CUAUGGUGAGGCUAGACUUGCUUAUCAUUUUCAUCUUUAUAUAAUCUUAACUAGCUAAGAUAAUUAAAUGUCCAUGCCCUGUACAGUUGACAAUUUGUAUGGAUCGGAGUUCAAUUCUUAGACUUAGUCAUAGGUACGGUCGUACAAUGCCUUAAUUGCGGAGGAAAAGAAAUAACAGUUGAGCCGUGAGGAGAUUAUUAGUGGGCUUUAUUUGUCGUCUAAUCAAGCCCAACCGCUAGACUCUUAUUAAAAAAACAAUCGAGUCAACACGAACUGACCUGACGACCUUCUAUCACACAAGGGGGAUUUAAACGAUUGCUGCAUGAGAAUUCUACCGAGUCAAUGAAAUCAGAGUCUCAAUAUUAGAUAGAUGCGUUUCUCAGGGAUUUAAGAGAGAUGCUUGAACCAGCUUUUGUGGAUCAUUUCUUCUGUGCUGGUGAGGUAUAGCUAUUUGAUUUUCUUUGUUAACAAGUUCAAGUUGGUUACAAUUAGAUCAUUAAAUAACCCCAAAGCAUAUGAUUAGCCCAAUACUUUAAACAGAAAAACAAUUAACCUCUAAUUCUGCAAUUAAUUAAAUCAGAGUUAGAGGGUCACCACCUCUAUAUAUCCCCAACUCUCAAAAUCCAUCACGUCCUCAUCACUACACAUAGAAAGAGACAAACGCUAAACCAUCACAUAAACAAAACAUAGUACCAAACCCAUUUCUUGUCUUGUGUCUUCUAUCUCCGCCAUGGAAGCCAAGAAGUCCAACAAGAUCAGAGAGAUCGUUAAGCUUCAACAGAUUCUCAAGAAAUGGCGAAAACAAGCGAUUGCAUCAAAGGCAGCCAAGAGCAACACCACCGAAGAGAACAAUAACAAUGGCGGAGGUAGCAAGAGCAUCAAGUUUCUGAAGAGGACACUGUCAUUUACAGAUGUAACAGCUGUGCCGAAAGGGUAUCUAGCUGUCUCGGUCGGGUUAGAGAAGAAGAGGUACACAAUACCAACAGAGUACCUUAGCCACCAAGCUUUCUAUGUUCUUUUACGUGAGGCAGAAGAAGAGUUUGGGUUUCAACAAGCCGGUCUCUUGAGGAUUCCGUGUGAAGUUUCUGUUUUCGAGAGCAUAUUGAAGAUAAUGGAGGAGAAGAACGAAGGGUACCUGGUGAAGACAACAGCAGCUAAACAGGAGUGCAAGUUCAAUGCAGCAGCAGAUGACAAGACGAGUUACCGGCAUCCAUCGGAUUGUCCGAGGACUCCUUCACACCAACCUCACAACAUCCCAAUGUGCAGAUAGUUUUGUUCAUUCCUUGCUUCUGCAUCUUUUUUUUCCCUCCUCUUGUAUUGACUUGAGCCAUUCUGCUUAUUCCCAUUUUUUUCUCUAGGAAUAUGGAUUUGUGUGCUUCAAAACUUCCGAAUAAGAGGAUAUAUUUCUGAAUAAUGGAAUGUACAAACAGAUCACUGAAACUACUAUAAGUACCUCUCUGCUCUGUUUCUGACUUUUGUUGUGGCUACCUCAGACUGAUGAAAACUUUAAGUAACUCUUAUUUCUUUCUCUGCUCUGGUGGAAUUUCUCAGAAAAACCCACCAGCCCAUUGAUCUAACUAUCUAUUCCUGAUUACAAACGCAGUAGCAUCGUGGUACUAAAAACAAAUCAGAUACUGUAUAAGCGAAUCAGGGAAAAAUAAUAUUUGAACUUUUACACAAAUUUUUAUAAAUCCUUUGUAAUCCAGUCGUCUGCAAUACAAGUCAGUAGAAACAUAUCACAUCGGCAAGAUGAUUCAUGGCAACCGAAGAUUCUGUUAGUUUGGAAACUAACGGAAGUUGAUCUUUAUCUCAGUAUAAUAGUAUAUAGAACCUAAUGAAACUAGAGGAGAACAAGUAACACUGAUUAAACCUAUGUUUUGUCUUUUAACUCUAAGCAGAAAUCAAACUCACAAGAAUCCAAAACGCUGUGCCUAUUAAGAGAGAGAGAGAAUGGUUCAUGUUUCUAUUUGUGCAGUUUGCGUUCUUCCCGGAACAGCCAUGUGAAUGGAAGUUAGAAUUAUGUUAAAGUAAUCAGAAGAUUUAAAAUAAUAGGAUAAUGUAAUCAUAACAAUAAUUACGGAAUUGUACUUUUAAUCACCAAGUGGAAUGUGGUUAUAAAACUAUUCAAAGGCAAAAGUACGGUAUCCUAAGCUUCUCUUGUAUAAUAAGCUAAUAGCAGAGUCACAGGAAUAUUCUCAUGUAAACUAAGUAGCUCCAUUAUUGUGAUCACAUGCAUAUAACGUCCGUCUCUGGAAAGAGUACGGCAAAUCAAAACUCAAAAGGACUAAGUUAACAAUCCCUUAAACCAAAACAUGAUUCAAGAAAAGGGAGAGAAAGAUGUUCAUGAAAUCACAUGUUGGUUCUCUGCCAUAUGAUUAAUGAGGGUCAAAGUCAAAACAUAAAACAUAGAGAUCCGAUAAAACGGAAAACGCCACAUGACACCUCUGUUCCUUGAGAUUUAAUACCAUCUGUUAAUCUAAACAAAUCCCCUAAUACAUGUGCAUUGUCAUAAUCAUCUCCUGAACCUGAUAUCGAGGAUAUAAUGAAUUACAG